CUCGAGCAGUCUACCCGUUGUUGAUACAGCGUUAAUCCACAUUGGGAGCGGACAGUUUGAAGACGUGCGACCAGAGACACGGUUUGAGGAAUACUCGGAUUAAUGUCAUUUAUUUUUCGUCUGUCUAUGAGCAAGACCACGACCAAGUAAAUUAUAUUUGACGGAUUUAAACAAGCACGUUUUACUAGUGAGAACUCGAGAACGACCUUCAUUCAGGUUGAGGUGAAGAGACUUGUCAGCACACUUGUUGAUUUGUUAAAUCUUUUUUUGUAUUAUUAGCCAAUAGUCCAAUAGCCUAUAGUUGAAUUGAACAUACAAAAUCGAAUGUAUAAGCCAAAUAUGUAGACACCUUUUAUAUGUAGCCUAUACUUAUUUUUGUCUCAUUUGGAUUUUUGUAGUUUUUUGCCCGUUUUUUUUUUUCGAAAUAAUUCACAUUCCCUGCAACCUACGAUGUUCCCUUGUCCAGUUUAUGUUUUUAAAUAGCCUUCGUUCAGAUUUGCACUAUCCACUAGUUGGGACACAAAACCCACCUGUUGCGUUUCGCGACAAAACUCAUAAAACAGACAUGUCACAGCUUGAGGUCGACAUGGCCGGACUGGGUUUCUCCACACUACCUGCUGGGUUUGACGCCAACUCCUGCUUCCCUGGCCGAAUACCACCAAGGCGAAGGAGACACUCGGCAAACUCCAGGAGAAACUCGUACAGGUUGAGCAAAAUAAAUACCUUGGAUUUGGAGCCUGAAGUUUACGAUGAUGCCCCUCUCUCCAAAACUCACUCCUGGUCUGCUGAUGAUAUUUUAGCAGAAACAGCGGCAGAGGAGAAAAAGGUGGACUCAUCAGUACCAGCCUCACCUGUCUCAAGCCCGGGAACGAGCACGUGCUCACCUGGUACCCAAGCGUCAGACCCCAAACCACCUCAUGAUACCUGGGACGCGCCACAGCCCAGCUCGCAAGCACAGAGCACAAGUUCAGAUUCCGAGGAAGAAAUCACUGACAAAAAGGUCAUUUUAUCUCGAGCUCCAUUUGAAAGCAAACGGGAGCAAGAGGAAAAGGAUGAAAUUGAAACCAAAGCCGUGGCGACGUCACCUGAUGGAAGGUUCCUCAAAUUCAACAUUGAAAUUGGGAGAGGGUCGUUCAAGACGGUGUACAAAGGCCUGGAUACGGAGACAACAGUAGAAGUGGCAUGGUGUGAGCUACAGACGCGGAGGCUGACGAAAGUGGAGCGCCAGCGUUUCAGUGAGGAGGUGGAGAUGCUGAAGGGGCUGCAGCACCCCAAUAUCGUCCGCUUCUACGACUCCUGGAAGGACAACUGCAAGGGCCACAAGUGCAUCCUUCUGGUCACCGAGCUCAUGACGUCAGGCACCCUCAAGACGUACCUGAAGAGGUUCAAGGAGAUGAAGCUGAAGCUGCUGCAGCGCUGGAGCCACCAGAUCCUGAAGGGCCUCCACUUCCUCCACACCCGCACCCCGCCCAUCAUCCACAGGGACCUCAAGUGUGACAACAUCUUCAUCACCGGCCCCACAGGCUCCGUCAAGAUCGGCGAUCUGGGCCUGGCCACACUAAAGAGUGCCUCGUUCGCCAAGAGUGUCAUUGGGACUCCUGAGUUCAUGGCUCCGGAGAUGUACGAGGAGAAGUAUGAUGAGGCGGUGGACGUCUAUGCCUUUGGGAUGUGCAUGCUUGAGAUGACCACGUCUGAGUACCCCUACUCUGAAUGCCAGAACGCUGCUCAGAUCUACCGUAAAGUCACCAGCGGAAUUAAGCCGGACAGCUUCUUCAAAGUAAAAGUCCCUGAGUUGAAAGAGAUCAUAGAGGGAUGCAUCCGCAUAAAUACAGACCAGAGGUACACCAUCCAAGACCUGCUGGAACACACCUUCUUCAAGGAGAACAAUGGCGUCCAUGUUGAGCUGGCGGAGGAGGACGACAUGGUGAAGUCUGGCCUGAAGCUGUGGCUGCGUAUGGACGACACCAAGAAGCUGCAUGGGAAGUACAAGGACAACAACGCCAUCGAGUUCCUGUUUGAACUCUACAAGGAUGUACCCGAGGAGGUGGCCCAGGAGAUGGUGGUGCUGGGCUUCGUCUGUGAGGCAGACUACAAGUUGGUGGCCAAAGCAAUCCGGGACCGCGCCACCGCCAUCAAGCGGCAGCGGGAGAAGCAGCGCCGGAUGGCCGAGGAGGCCUUGCGCCAACAACAGGAAACUGUCAUUGAGGAAAAACCAGAGUCGGCCCCCGAACCAGAACCGCCCACCCCCAAACCUCAAAUAGCCUUUCCCAUCAAACCGCCCAACCCCGCCCCUGUCUCGGCACCCCCUGACCAGACUCCGCCGAGGCCGGUGAUGUCCGUGGCUAACGGCUCGGCGGAUUCGGGGAUAAACGCCAGCUUCACAGCAGAGACGGAGGAGCAGGAGGCAGACCAGCGGCUGCACUACAACAUCAGACACGCCAGCUACUCCUCUGCCACGUGUAUUUAUAUAGCCCUUCUUACAUCAGCUGAUAUCUCAAAGUGCUGUACAGAAACCCAGCCUAAAACCCCAAACAGCAAGCAAUGCAGGUGUAGAAACACAGUUAAUGCCUGUCUGUCUCUUCCCUCCCACUUCCCUUCCUUUAACCAUGAUGUCGCCAUGGCAGCCGACUGCGAGAUGGACGGCUACCUGAGCUCCUCUGGCUUCCAGGAUCCUGGGGAUUCCCCUCUCCAGCCUCCUGUUAACUCCUCCCCUUCCUCCAUCACUCCUGUUCCGUUGCCCCUGGAGAUCCCUCGCAUCGAGGCCCUGGCCAUCAAGGCUCCUCCCCCUGACGCUCCACCAAUCCCGGCUCUCCGCUUCCCCUCGAGUAUCGCUGUGUCCAACACUAUCAUGCCCCAGUCAGGAAACGCCAGUGGUUUCUCUUCUCCUGUUGACAGAGCGAGAGUGGAGCGAGAGGUAUCAGAGCACUUCCUUCCCUUCAGCUAUGCCUCUGAUGUGACAUCAGGCUUGAGUGAUGGCAAUGAGGGCCUAUCAGAAAAGAGUGCCAACAAACGUACCGGUACCAAGCUCUUCAGGAGUAGAGCCCGCUCACGCUUACGAAUCACUGGGUUGUCUGACAAGGUGGACCGUGUGGUGGAGUGUCAGCUCCAGACUCACAACAGUAAGAUGGUGACCUUUAAGUUUGAUCUGGACGGAGACAACCCGGAGGACAUUGCUGCUGUCAUGGUCCACAAUGAGUUCAUCCUUCCCUCUGAGCAGGAGGGCUUCAUCUACCGCAUGCGUGACAUCAUCAAGCGUGCAGAGGCCCUGAUGAGGAGGGGCGAGCCCCUGAGUCUGGGGGAUGCUGCCCACCAGCUCUACCCCUACCUCAGCGAAGUGGGCACCCUGUCCGCCUCGCAGCCGAACUUACACGCGCAUGGACUGGAACGGACACAUUCCUCUUCGUCUUUGCCCGACUUUGCUGAGGGCAGCGUUGCUCAGCUCCGAGGCUCGUCUCCUGUGGCGCCUGUUGGAGACUUCUACAUCGACCCAAAGGCAGUCCCUUCUGUUCGUCCCCUCCGCUCUCAGUCCUUCCAGACCACGUCAAGUUCUUCCCAGACCUUCCACCCGCCUGCUUCCCAUUACCCCCAGUAUUCCCACCCCGAGGCCGUGCCCCCCCGUGAUGCCCCUCAAUCAGCUGCCUCACCUGCCCCAGCAGUACCCCAAGCCCCCCAAUGUCCCCAACACCCACUUCCCCUUCCCUUACCCUGUCACCCAGAACUCCUCAAAGCCCGCCGGCGCCCCCUUCACCCCCGAGACCCUCCACCGGGUCCUAAGCAACUCCAACCUCUCCUCCUCUUCCCCAUCCCCUUCCUCCUCCCCGGCCAAGCCGGCCACCCCAGGGCAGCAGCAGAGGGUACCCCUCCAGCCCAACAGCAGCAGAACCCAGGCAUGUGGCCCCCAAACAGCCACAACCAGCCCCUCUUUUCCCUGGCCAACGUGUUGUCCCUGGCCAUGAGCGUGGCCCAGUCCUUCAUGCCCCCCACCUCCAUGCCCAGCGGUCUGAACCCAGCCCAGUCUGGCUCCUACCACCCCUCCAUGUUUGGCCCUCCCCAGCUGAUGCCAGGGGAGGGCCCCUACCAACCCCAGGGCAAGAUAACAGCAGGCCAGUAUCUGGACAUGUGCCAGCAGUAUGCAGACACCCAGGCUCUGCACCAACAGAGCCUGUUGAAAGCCAACGUAGCCCCAGGGUCACCCCAGCUUGGCGGGCUAGUGGAUGGGACUGCUUUCAGGCAAGCUGGCUCCAGCCUCUCUCCUCCAGGAUCCAGGGCGAGUCCCCAGAUGUAUUGCCAGCUGGGGCCCAGGGUGGGGUUCCAGGAGCAGACAGACAGCUCAGCCUCCACCUCUAUCACCAGCUCCCCCUCCUCCUCAGCUCCAGCCAGCCCACAGAGCACCGUGUCUUCACCCAGGCUAAGAACCUCUUCACCCCUGGUGGUGUCAGAGUCAGGAGCAAACGCUGCCAAAAACAGACUGUCACCUAUCUCUGAGGAGAAAAAGCCUACAGUUACCGUCGGCCGUUUCCAGGUCACACCCAGCAGAGAGAUCCCUGCAGCCUCCGCUAGACCUGCCCAGGAUCCUCCCCAAACCCACCCACAACACCAAACCCCGCCCACAGUCACCGUUAGCACUAGCCCUUCCUUCCGGGAAAGUGAAUCUGAUACCAGCACUGAGGAGCAGGGGGGCGAAUCAGAAAGCAGCAUUAGCACUGUAACCGUGUCCCCUCCCCAGCGAUCCCCCGGCGGGCCCCUGUGUAACCUAGACAUCGCCCACUCCUUGCCUGGAGGCCCUAAGCAGACAGAGCAGGAGGACCAGCAGGAGAGUGAGGAGGAGCCAGACAAGGAGCCAGACAAGGAGCAAAAGGAGGGAGAGGAGGAGGAGGAGCUGAGGAGAAGGGGGGGCCGGAGGCUGAGCCUGAGCCUGUGGGAGGGUACGGCGGGGAGCCCCCAGUUCAGCGGGAGCAACCUGAACCAGCCCUGGAUGAGCUACACACGCAGCGCCUCGUAUGUCAGCAGUGACGAGACAGAGAGUGAAGACGAGGAUAUGUGCGAAGAGCUACAGGAACUCAGGGACAGGCACCUGUCAGAGGUGCAGGCCCUCCAGCUCACUCAGAAGAGAGAGAUUGAGGCGCUGUAUGAGCGGAUGGGAAAGGUGCCUCCCCCUGGCAUCAUGUCCCCCGCCGCCAUGCUCAACAACCGCCAGAGGCGCCUCUCCAAGAGCGGUAACUACCCCGGCUCGCGUAGGAACAGCCUGCAGAGACUGGAUAUACUGCCCCCUGCAGGGAUCAUGCGUAAAAACUCAGUCAAUGGCAGCAGCAGUGGCUCUCAGGAGAGGUCCAGUAAAGGGGUGACCUUUGCCCCCGACUACAACCGGAUGUGAGACGCGUCUCCCUGUGUGAUCCGGAGGACUGGGGGUUGGGGCAGGUGAUACUGUGGCCAGCCGCCUCCCCUCCCAACCAGGAAGAGAGGGAGCCCAAUGAUGACCAAUAAGUUGCCAAGCCCAGUGCUGAACAGAUAGCUCCCAGCCUGAGCCUUGGGAUGGGGAAACCGGAUGGCCAGAAGACAUGGGCCUUUUCUCAAUUGGAUUUGCUCAACUCCUGCGUCCUCUUUCCUCUGUCCUCUCUACGCUGUCUUCUCUCGCCUCCUUUUGAAAAAGGUCAUUGAGGAGAGGUUGCAAGGAGAGUGAACGAGGACGAAAAUGCGCUUGUAAGAAAUUAGACUUCUCCACUCAGGCAAAUGACGUUUACAGGGGUGGAUCCCAAAAUAAAUGUGUAGAGUGAUAAAAACAAAUGAAGUUAGUUGUUCAAGACAUUUUAUAGAUACAACUAUAAGUAGCAUAUUGUUUGUAAACAUGUGCAUGCUUUUCUCCAUCAAAAAACAAAAGCUGAUUCAAAGGGGGUGUGGCAGAUUUCUAAAUUCUUCCGUGAAGGACUCAGGUAGGACACACAUGACUAUCAUCUAUGGAAGAUGGCUAACAAGGAGGAAGAACACUUCUGUUCGCCUCGAACACUUAUCAGUUUCUGAGUCACGGAGGAGAUAGGACGAAGGAGAGGUUGGAGGACAGACUUUUUCCCAAAUGAGAAAAGGCCAUGGUCAUCCACACAAUGGGCCUCACUAAACACUCCUCCUAACGGCGAUAGAUAAGGAUCCCAUUGUCAGAGCACCAAAGCACCCUAUCUGCCAUCUGGUUCAUGUGCAAUACCAUGAGUUAGUAUUGCGACACCAAUCCAAGGAAGUCCCCUCCCGAUCUUAAGGAUGCUAAGCUUAUAUAGCUGUGUGUAGCGUCAGGUCAAAUGGAAAGUGAGGAUAGGAAGGCUAAAGGUGUGUGUUUCUACGUGUGCACUUAUGCGGAUGCUGCCUGUGCUAGCCCUGGAAAACACACGUCCCAGAAGCCCUGCUCUCUCCUGCACUUCGGUUUCCAACUGCUGCAAGCAGGAACUCCUCUUACUACAAUAUGACCCUAUUCAAUCCGAAGUGCUGAAGAUCUGCUUAAUGUUGCGAUUGACAACUAAAGGCAAUGUUCCUGCGGUCGCAGAGACUGUAUUCACGGUAAACGCUGCAUAUGUCUGCUCAAUCGGAAAAAAACGUAACAUUUUUACGCGGGUCAUCCGCAAUACUUUGGCGAUAUGGAUUGAAUCCAGACCAAGCUAAACAGCGUUUUACUGUCCAGAUGUUAUGAAUCAAGAGAUAAGAUAGCUUUAGCAGGAUGAGAUGUAAUCAUUGCCUUCAAAACAGUGUAUUUGUAGGGUUUAUAAUAUUGUGAAAGGAAUGGGAUGAACAAAUAUGCAUCUAUCUAAUGUAUUGACCGGCAAGUCAGCAGUUUUCCAUUUUGCAGCUCCGCUUACUUGGUCUGCUGGGCGAACUAAAUCAAGUACACCUAAAUAAGAGUCAAUCCAAGCCGCCUGCAAGUAUCAGCAAAACAUCAGAGCUGUCUUUGGUGUAAACAAAUGUUCAUGAGGCAACACAAAUCACACAUGGUGCAUGAAAAACUAAAUGUCACUUUAUUGAACGUACACUGAACACAAAUAUAAACACAACAUGUAAAGUGUUUGUCCCAUGUUUCAUGAGCUGAAGUAAAAGAUCCCAGAAAUGUUCCAUAUGCACAAAAAGCUUAGUUCUCUAAAAUUACAUUUGUUUAGAUCCCGGUUAGUGAGCAUUUCUCCUUUGCCAAAAUAAUCAAUCCUCCUGACCGGUGUGGCAUAUCAAGAAGCUGAUUAAACAGCAUGAUCAUUACACAGGUGCGCCUUGUGCUGGGAACAAUACAAGGUCACUCUAAAAUGUGCAGUUUGUCACACAACACAAUGCCACAGAUGUCUCAAGUUUUGAGGGCAUGUGCAAUUGGCAUGCUGGCUGCAGGAAUAUCCACCAGACCUGUUGCCAGAGAAUUUAACGUUAAUUUCUCUGCCAUAAACCGACUCCAACUUCGUUUUAGAGAAUUUGGCAGUACAUCCAACCAACCUCCCAACCACAUACCACGUUUAUGGCAUCAUGUGGGCGAGUGGUUUGCUGAUUACAACGUUGUGAACAGAGUGCCCCAUGGUGGCGGUUGGGUUAUGUUAUGGGCAGGCAUAAGCUACGGACAACGAACACAAUUGCAUUUUAUCAAUGGCAAUUUGAAUGCACAGAAAUACCGUGACGAGAUUGUGAGGCCCAUUGCGAGACCCAUUUUUUGUUAAGGUAUCUGUGACCAACAGAUGCAUAUCUGUAUUCCCUGUCAUAUGAAAUCCAAAGAUUAGGGCAUAAUGAAUUUAUUUCAUUUGACUGAUUUCCUUAUAUGAACUGUAACUCAGUAAAAUCUUUGAAAUUGUUGCACGUUACAUUUAUAUUUUUGUUCAGUAUACAAACACUCCAGGUCUUAUAAUAUACUACACGUUGUUAAUUUGUUACUCUCUCUAUGGCCUAGUAGUAAAGAUACUGGGUGUCACUUAUCAGCCUUCAUUUUUUAAGCAUAGAGUGGACGCUUAUGCUUUAAAACGCAUUUUAUCUUCUUAAUCUAUGGAUUGAUACAAUGCACUUUCCAUAGGGGUCGUUCACUAUUGGUAUUGAACAAUUGCGUCCCUAUAAAUAAUAGCGGGGUAAAGAUGUAUAGUUAUAUAUUUUAAAUUGUAUGCGUGCCUAUGCAUUUAGGGUUGGUAAUUAUUUGAUUAAUGACAAAGAACUGAAGCUGUGAAGAAUUCUGAGCUAUUUGCCUUAAAGUAUGCACAUGGGGAACGAUUGUAGUAGAACACAUUAAAUAUAUUACUCAGAUUGUGUUCUUCUAAAUCAAGACAUCAACAGUAAAUAUACAAUAUAUAUUUAGAUGUCAUGAGCUCUAUUUUGUUGUCAAUCAUGUUUCUAGAAAACAUACUGCCAUGCAGAUUCUGUGCCUUUACCAUUUUUUUUACCUUCCAAGCGUGAUUGUUUCCUAAAUCAUAUUUGUAAAUAUUGCUAAUAAAUGACUAUUCAACAUCA